AUGGCCUCUCACUCCGACACGAACAAACCUAUACCAUACUCCAAACGAGCCAUCAAGGCGGUGCCAAUACCUCAAGGCAGAUCCGCAACGCAAGAGCGGCGACGUGACUUGUUCCUAAAGAAGGUCCAGCAAGACAGAGAUGAGAAGCGAUGGGAGGCGCGAGGUGAUCAGAUCAUGAAGCUGGACUUUGUUGCAGAGCGUAGACGAUGGGAAGCGGAACAAGCGCGUGCGGCGCCCAAUCCGGACGAACCAUCCGAGGAUUCAGAAUACGGCGAAGGAUACAAUGACCUCCCAAUGUGGAGCAGUCAACAGACCGAGGCGAGGCGAUCAUCGCAGCCAGAAGAGGAGGCUGAGGCAGUGAUACAGCAAGAGAACGAGGAGCUUGACGCGAUGAUAAGCAUGAUGGAAGAGCAGGGUCAAACAAGUCAGACCUCCAGUAUAGGGUCACCCGGAUUCGGGAGCGACGACGAAGACUACGACAUCAUAUUCUCAGAGAUUCUCGGCGCUCGAUCGACACCUCAGUUACUAGACACGGACUCAGCAUUCAAUGUGCCCGAUGCCGAUGCUAUGGAUACCACGAACGGAUAG